CUCUCUCUCCCUAUUUACUGCUCCUCCCAGCAGCAUCUACACUCACAGCUGAAAGGAAGAACUGAAACGACGGCGUUCUGUACGACUCGCAAUCCAUGCUAUUUAGGACGUAUGCAGAAAACGCCCACUUCCUCUACCACUCAUCUGCACUGGAAAAAGCUGGGACCAUGGUUGUCGUGUGAAAACGGAUCGGCGUGACUCGGUUUGGAAAGACGGACAGAGCCCAAAAAGAAAAAAAGAAAGCCUGUUUCAGGUGUCAGCUGGUAAAGCGUGUGUGUGUGAGUGUGAGUGUGAGUGUGUGUGUGUGUGUGUGUGUGUGUGUGUGUGCGUGUGUGUGUGCGUGUGCGUGCAGGCACGUGUGUUUUCCCAGCACAGUCAGUAUUUGGAGCGGAGUGUGGCCUGAACACAUCACAGAGGGACAAUGAGCGAGCUGGAACAGUUGCGGCAGGAAGCCGAGCAACUACGCAAUCAGAUCCGGGAUGCCAGGAAAGCCUGCAGUGACUCCACUCUGUCUCAGAUCACAGCUGGUCUGGACUCAGUGGGCCGGAUACAGAUGCGGACGCGACGCACUCUCAGGGGCCACCUGGCCAAGAUCUAUGCAAUGCACUGGGGGAGCGACUCCAGGUUACUUGUCAGUGCCUCGCAAGAUGGAAAGUUAAUCAUCUGGGACAGCUACACAACAAAUAAGAUGCAUGCCAUCCCGCUGCGCUCUUCCUGGGUGAUGACAUGCGCCUACGCCCCCUCUGGGAACUAUGUGGCCUGCGGAGGCCUGGACAACAUCUGCUCCAUAUACAGCCUGAAGACCCGCGAGGGGAACGUGCGCGUCACCCGAGAGCUACCCGGACACACAGGUUACUUGUCCUGCUGUCGUUUCUUGGAUGACAACCAGAUACUGACCAGCUCUGGAGACACCACCUGUGCAUUGUGGGACAUAGAGACAGGUCAGCAGGCCACCACUUUCACUGGCCACACAGGGGACGUGAUGAGUUUGUCUCUAAGCCCCGACUACAAGUGCUUUGUGUCAGGAGCCUGUGACGCCACCUCCAAGCUGUGGGACAUCCGUGAUGGCAUGUGCAAGCAAUCCUUCACCGGCCAUGUGUCUGACAUCAACGCUGUCACCUUUUUCCCCAAUGGGAAUGCAUUUGGCACAGGCUCAGAUGAUGCCACCUGCAGGCUGUUUGACCUGCGUGCCGACCAGGAGCUGAUGAUGUACAGCCAUGACAACAUCAUCUGCGGCAUCACCUCUGUGGCUUUCUCCAAGAGUGGCCGACUGCUCCUGGCCGGCUAUGAUGACUUCAACUGCAACGUCUGGGACACUCUGAAAGGCGAGCGUGCAGGUGUUCUAGCGGGCCAUGACAACAGAGUGAGCUGCUUAGGAGUGACAGAAGACGGCAUGGCUGUGGCCACCGGCUCCUGGGACAGUUUCCUCCGGAUCUGGAACUAAACAGAUCUCGUACCUGAUGUACUCAAUCACUGCCCGCCAACUCUCCCCGUGCCCCCCUGCAACCCUACCCUACAUAUCCCAUCUCAUCUGCUGGGCUGGAAGGCGAGGUGCACACUGUGUCAGCCGAAAUCCUCUAAAGUCACCCCCAGCUCUCCACUCUGCUGGCGACCUGCCCACCUGUGAGAAAGUACCAACUCUUUGUACCUUUCCAAGUGACGUUUUUUUCACCCAGCUAUUACACGGAAACAAAAAAUAAGAACCCUUCAGUAGAGUUGUCCAAUCAAAAAGUAUAAAAAAAGAGUGAGUUAUGAAAAACUGAAGGAAAAAAAUAGAAGAUUUCGCCCUUAUACAAAUUCUCUAGAAGGCGAUAAAGAUCAUCUGUUACUGACUAACAACAAGCAAGAUGAGCGUUGGUGUGUAAUAUGUAAAUGUAUAUAUAAAGACAGUAUAUAUGUAUAGCAUUAUGUGUGUAUAUAUGCAUCAUAUAUGCAUAUAUAAUGUGUAUGUAUAUAUUUUUGUAGUUAAUUUCCCACCCUUGCGUUUUUGUUAUGAUUUUGGGGGUUUUAUGUUUUAUUUCAAAUGUACAUAUUCACAUUACUACACAACAUAAUGCCAGAAACACUUAUUUUACCCUGUGUGAGUACCAGAUUCAGUGUAGACAAUUUAGACACAGCAACACAUCAUUUAUUCUACCUGAAGAGUCUCCUUUCAUUUUCUAGUUCUGGUACUUGCUGAUUUCGUCAACCCCACCCUCAUGCAGCAACAAAAGAGGAAAUAGCAAGUGAACAAAACAAUUUGCAAAAAUAUAAUUUGGCCCAGCUAAACUCACUUUUCUCAUUCGUAUGUGUGUGUGUCUAUGUAUUAUGGUUACAGGCAGUGGACAUAACUCAUGCAUCCUGUAUCUACAUAUGAAUGAUGGCUUUGAUGGUAUUUUCCUUUUCCUUUAACAACACGACCCCUCCCCGCAGUCUUUUCACUUGGAAGGAAACCAUCACACUGCUGUGGUAGUGAUUUUAGAGAGAGAGCUUCAAAACCAACACGCUGUGUUUUUAAGUUUUUAGUCUGGAUUCAGCUUUAGCGCAAAAGUAGAAACCAGUGGAUUUUAGUCUAAGACAAAGAACUUUAUUUCACUGGAGGCUCUGCCUCUGCUGACGUGGCUUGUGGUUUCAAAUCACUGGAUACUGAAUAUCUGAAGACCACUCCAAGUCCAUUCCAUGCAAAUCAACAGCUGUGUGAUAUGAGCGAUAACCCAAUAAUGUUCCAGAGGUUUUGCAUCAUAAUAUCCCCGUCUCCUGUGGCCUAUAGAUUCGACACUUUUCCUUAAAGUUGAGACAAGCAUCUCAAGUUGCCCAAACAAAUGACGGCGAUGGAGAGAAGGGCAUCGCAAAGAGAUAGAGAUAGAGAAAGAGACGUGCUCUCCCUGAGCAGAAGCCGUGUUCUACCUGUGAGCCUGCGACGGCGCCGAGGCCUGCACGGACAAAUGGUAGAGCGGUCAGUCGUUAUGUGAGGAUAUUAAAGGACCAUAAAGGACAGCAGUGACUUUGUCAGCGGCCUCUGAGGACUAGAGAAGGGAUGAAGAGAGAGAAAGCUGUCUGUCAGAGCUCGCCAUGUCAUUUUUUUUUCUUUCUUCUAAAUGAAGGAUCAACAAGUCCUUUUCGUCGUCAGCAAGGUGUGAACAGAGUGACUGCAUGGAACUGAAAUCACGUCAGCCACUCACAAAAUCACACCAGUGCCACCACAAGCCUCUAAAAAAAAAAACAACAAAAAAAAGAAAGAUUUUUCUUCAAGGGUUUAACACUUUCAGUGAUUUUUUUUUUCUUCUUGUUCUUCUUCUUCUCCUCACCAAAAACAUGUUAUGAACUGUUAAAUAUUGCUAGUGAAGAAAGUACACUUGGUAGACAGAAAUGUACACUUAGUAGAGAGCUAGAAAUGCACUCACAAAGCUGUAGUACAAAUGUAAACCAUCGAGCACACGUGACUUAUUUACCCAUAGAAGUGGUCUCUCUGAUUUUGAGUAUUUUCUCAUCUUCCAUUAUUUUGGUUCAAGGCUUAGUUUAAAAAAAAAAAAAAGAAAAAGGAAAAAAAAGAGUACACAUAAUGUAUGUGAGUUGGACCUAUCCAUCAGCUGUCUCAGGUGCCUAUCUCUAAAUAUAAACAUUUGACCCACACGGGCUGGAUGAAGGAGGGUUUGUGCUCCUGUGAGAUUUGGCACUAUUGUGUCUCCAUUCUGCCUUACGAUACCAUUCAUAAUAGAAGGUAAUACUAGCAUCGACUACAGUAAUGUUUUCCUCUUACUAUUCCUUUUUACACACUGAUCAGUAAGAAAGAUUGCUAAUUAUUUUUUAUUUUUUUCCCGAUAGAAGCACAUUCUGAUACUAGUGAACACUAAAGCAUGCUUACAGAAAAAAAAAAAACCCACCACGACCACAUGCAGCUCCAUACUGCUUCUUAAAACAAGUGUUUUACAUCACUUUUUAUACAAUUCUGCUUUCUACUACUACUACCGUACAGUUUGUAGUAUUUAUUUAGGUUCAAUCAACUAUCAAUGAAACCCCUCUUUGGCAAACCGUGAUUCUAGUGACCUUUUUUUUUGUUUUGUUUUAGCUGCUUCUACCUGGCUUUGCAUUAAUGAAUCCAUUUUGAGAGAAUGUUUAAACAUAACAGUUAUAGUUUUUAGCCUGAGAAUAACUUUGAGGUGCGUAGGAUGUGAGAUGUAUUGCAUAUCUGUGUGUGUGUGUGUGUGUGUGUGUGUGUGUGUCUGGGGGGAUGGGAAGGGAAAGGGUGAUUUGCUGAUGUAUGUGGAUAACAUAUAGAUCUAAGUGUUACUUCCUCAUUUGUGCCAAUGUUAUCCACAGACCCUGACCUGUGAACUGAAAACUAGUCAAUGUGACAAAAAAAACAACAACAAAAAAAAAACACCCGUUUGCUCACUUUACUCAAGUGCCAGCCUUCUCCAUAUCCAUCGAUUAAAGUCACAUCAGUAUCUGAUUUUUAUACCCAAGCUGUCGUCUGAUUUUAAACCUGAAGAUGGGUUUUUGUAUCCCAAAGUGUUAAGUUGACCGUGCUUCUAAGACUAACGUUUCUGUUUCAGUCAGCGGACAUCAGAUGUUCAUGAGUCCCCAAGAUAAAUAUGACAAAAUGUAUUUACAGGAAAAGUUUGAUAUUUUGGGAAAUGUUCGAUUUACGUGCCCGUCUGUUUAAAGAGUAGGCUAUAACCAGCAAGUCUGAAAACAGGAGGACACGGCUAGCCAGUCUCUGUCCGAAGGUUUAAAAAAAAAAAAAAAUCUGCUAAUUAACACAUUAUAUCUAAAAUUAAAGUGUUUUAAUUUGCCAGACUAUUUUUUAUUUUUUUUUGGCUGGUAGCAGUGAUUAGCUUGCUGGUUGCCUAGCAACGGCUCUGCCCCUUUUUAAACAGCAAAUCAUUUCUACACAUUGUUUUUGUUUUGUGCAUAAUAAAUAAAUAAAUUAGAUAUUAUGUGUUAAUUAGUAAGGUUUACGGGUGAUUAUAGACAUUGUUAGCUUUUGACAGAGUAAGGCUAACAGUUUCCCCCUGUUUCCAGUCUUUGUGCUAAGCUAAGCUAAGCUGUAGCCUUCCUGGUUAUUUAACAGACAGACGUGAGAGCGACAUCUUCUCCAACUCUCAGCCAGAAAGUGAAUCAAUCAAUGUCGAACUGUUCCAAGAAACCCCCACCCUGUUCUUUCAUUCAAAUUAUGAAACGUGUGAGAUAUAUAAAACAAAACAAAAAUACACCAAAGCCCUUAACAGCUGAGAAGGGGAUUGUGUGUAUUACUGACAGUGAUAUUCAGCAGGCAACCAUUUCCUUGCUCUGUGUGUAAUCCAGCAGUAUUAGCAGCUGGAACCUGGAAUAGUAACACUUUUACGUGCCUGUGCAGUUCACUCAUCUAUGUAGUGCAGUAAACUCAUUAAUCAAAAAAAAAAAAAAAAGGUGCUUGACUUCAUUUAAUUUCACGUUAUUGUUGUAUUUACCUGAAGUCUCCUCCAGUUUCUUCUUAACUACACAACUGAUAUGGAGCUGUCGAAUUGGAUUAUUUGAUGAUAUAUAUAAAAAAAAGAAGAAGUCAAUAUUUGAUGCAUUUACAACAUUGUCUGAAGUACCAAACUCACAGAACCUUUGAGUCGUUGGAGGUGGUAUGUUUGGCGAUCAACGUAAAAGUGCCAUCGUCGAAGAGCAGCGAAAAAGUCUCGGGUGCUCUGUUCAGACAGUAUUUCGAGGACUGUAUUUGCACGACCCUCCAAUUUAAGUAUCUGAAUAUGAGAAAUGAUUUCCUGAUGAAUCAUUCAACAUAGGAGGAACAAAAUUCAAUGACACCCCACCACUUGAAUUGGUUAUGUCACAUGAUCACCACCACAGCACCAUCACAAAAUAAUGCACUGCCCUUUGACUCUACAGCCUACUGUUCUGACAAUUCUUUUUGUUUUGAUUUUAUUUUAUUUAUUGUUUUAUGUUUUAAGCCAGUAAAGACCAGGGACUUGGUGCCAUGAUAAUUCUCUUACAGUGCUAUUGUGUGAAAUUAUAAUCACUUGUUAUGGAAUAAUUUUUAUAGUCUUUUUCACACCAGACCUUUUUUUUGUAUUUGUACAGUGGCUUGGUGAUACUGAUAUGUUGCCAUGAGUUAUUGUAACCAAUAAAAAGCUUCUAACCAAGAA